UGACCAAGGGGGUGCUGAGAUCAGUCACUCAAGUGCUGGCAACUACCUCAUCUAUCAAGACCAAGAGAAAUUUGACCUCUUUCAUGUGCUGGGGUCUACUAGCACUAGCAACUAUGGAGAACAUACAGAAUAUGAUCUUAGCAUAGCCAAAGAAGACGGCAAAACUGUAUUCAAACUAACUCAAGACAAUGGGUUUUCUGCAGAAUAUAGCCAAGCAAGUGAAUUGCGCAUUGAUUUGAGCAGAACCCUGGGGAAGCAGAUUCAUCCAUCUGAUGAGCCUUGUGGUGCAAUGACCUUUCUGAAAGACGAGGGAGAAAUUGAUCCUUAUGAUUAUUCAGAUACACCUCAGUUUAAAAAGAAUCCUGAUCAGCCAAUACUUUUUGAGGACAGCAUGAUUCCAAAUCAGGAACAUUUAGCACAUGGCCAUUUCAGCGAGGUGUACCGCUCAAAGGCAAGUUGUUUAGGUGAGGAGGUUAUCGUCAAGAAGAUCAAGGAGGACUUGAAGUUUCAGGAAAAGUUCUGUUGUGGGGUGGCACAUCUGCAUGACUUACGAAAGGUAGCCCCCUGUUUUGUACGAUUCUAUGGUCAAAUGCUACGUCCACCACUAUGUGUGGUUUUCGAGAGUGUCCCAUAUGGAAAUUUGCAGGACUACAUGCAGAAAGGCUUUUCACUGAACUGGCUGCAAAUUGCCUCUAUCCUUUAUCAGCUAGCUAACUGCCUGUAUGAUUUAAAAAAAUGCAAGCAGACUUACCGAAAUUUCUGUAGCCAGAAGAUCCUUAUUUUCAAAGAGAGCCCUGAAAAACUGCAUAUCAAACUUGGGGACCCUGGAGCAGCAUUCUACAGAGACUCGCUGGAGAUUACAGAUCAGCUGAACAUACAAAGACUGCCUUGGAUUGCAGUGGAGCGAUUCUCAAAUCUGCAGGCACACACAAUCGAAACAGAAAUGUACUCAAUUGGAACCACCAUUUGGGAAAUUCUGUGGAAUGGUGCUGACCCUAAUUCAAAAAUUCCUCCAAAGGUCUCAUCACAAACUUUCUUUGAAAAAAGUGGAAAGCUUCCUCAUCCGUACAUCAAGCUCCAGAACUCUUGUGAUGACAGCUCAACGACAGAGAUGCUUUUAGCAGAGCCUCCUAAUCAACAGUUAACCAGACAGAAUAUGGUGUCUCAAUGGGUUGCUGCCCAAGAUUUCACCAAACCAUCCUCCGAAGGUCUUAGUGAAGAAACAGAGGACAAAACACAGGCCAGCCUUGUCAAUAGUGUGGCGCCCCCUGCAACACACUCAGCUGAUUCUUCCAAGUUAGAAUCAGGGCAAACUGAAACAACGUUCUUGACUGGGACAAAUCAUGUGCAUCCUGGUAACAGUGAAGAACUUCUAAAGAAAAUUAUGGAGAAAGUGGUCUUGUUCAUGGACAAGUGCUGGUCAAGGGACCCUGUGGAGCGACCAUCUCCUAAUGAUAUGUUGAGGGUUUCUACAGAAGUGACAUGUAUGGCCGAGGACAUCAUGAGUUUUGACCAGAAGUGGCAGAUAACUCUCCUUCAUCAGGUGCUUCAAGAUACAGGCAAAAUCACCAACAAAGACGCUGCUGAGAAGCUAGUGCAGACUUUAGCAGCAAAAGAUAAUCAAGGGAAGGAGAUUUACCAGGAGCUGCUGGAGAAAUGUGCAGCCGACAUGUUUAUCAUGAGCAGCAGGUUGGAACCAGAUGAAGACCAAGGCCGUGGUUUAGGAGAAGGCAACUUUGGACAAGUGCGUCUUGCCAAUCUUGUAGAACCCACCACAAAGAAGCUGUCCCAAGAGGAACGGGCAAAACUGAGUAGGGAAAGAGUAGCAGUGAAGUUCAUGAAGGGUGCAUCACCAAAGGACCAACGACUGUUUGUGAGAGAGGUUAUAAACAGUAUCCAAUUGAAACACUCUAACAUUGUGACCUACAUUGGAAUUGUCAUACCAGAUGGCAAGGAACCAAUGAAGCUGGUGAUGGAGUAUGUGGCUGGGGGAACACUGGAGAAAUACGUGAAGAAGAAAAAGCACAUGCUUGGGGAUCUCUCAUUGAAAAUGGAGCUCAAGAAAAUUGCAAUGGACAUUGCUUCUGGAAUGAAGCACCUAAACAAGCGAAAAAUGGUUCAUGGCGACUUGGCAGCCCGCAACGUCCUUCUGUCUGUUGGCCCCAGUAAUGAACUGAUUGGGAAAGUGUCUGACUUUGGGCUGGCCCAUAAACUUACAAAAGGAUUAGAUGGGCAAUAUCACUACAGCCUGUCAAAAUCUAGGACCCACUCUAAUAUCCCACUGCCAGUGUUCUGGAUGGCACCAGAACUCUUGGAAGAUCAGCACUUCACAAACAAGACAGAUGUUUGGUCAUUUGGCACUGUGCUGUGGGAAAUGUACAGUGGUGGAGAUCCUUCCAAAUUGGGCAAUAAGGACCUCAAGUCAAGCGAAGUCAUAGAAGAUCUAAAACGCAAGUACAAAAACAAGCAGCGGCUUCAGCCUGAGGAGCACACACCACAGAAACUGUAUGAGGUCAUGAAGAAAUGCUGGUCUGAUGAUCCUGAGGAAAGGCCAACAUUUUCAGAUUUGAAAAGUUUGAUUGGGCAGCUGAAUGAAAGUGAUCUGGAGGUGGAGACUUGAGGAGCUAUGCAAAAGGGGUGAAAGCAUGGGAAAAGAAAUGACACGUACCAAAAUAUGUAUGACAAACCUGGUAUUAAACAAAAGUAAAUUUCCAGUAUCUUUAUUGAAGUCUAGCAGACUUCUGGGAAGGAUGUAUGUUAAUACAUUGUAUGUGUGAUAUUCCUGGUUUGAACUGAGCCUUUAUUGAAGCAUUUAUCGUUCAGUUAUUAUAUUCUCCAGAGACGAAAUCUCUAGCUUAUUCAGAUAUUGUGGUGUCAUUAUUAGAAACAUGUCAACAAAUAUUUCCACUUUUUUUAGGAAAGGUGCAAAACAUGAAUGAACAGUGUUUAAGAAAUAGUGAAUGAGAUUGGCAAGUCUGAGAUUAACUCAAAAAAUCCUUAUCAUAUUACGUUAUGUGUGGGCACAUGUAAAACAUUAGUAGAACAUGCUAGCAAACUCACAAAGCAGUGUACCCAUCAUUAAUUUGCAGCUUUGGUAACUUUAUUGGUCGUUUUAUUAGUGCAAGUAUUACAGAAUUAUUGUCUUUGAAUUUACAUUUUAUCUCAUUACUAUUCUGCCUUUCAUCUGUCCGGUGAAGAACUUCCCAUACAAAAAUAGUACAGGUUGACUGUGUACUUUGACACUUAUGUAAACUGUUGGAAACAUGGCAGUAUUAGAAAAUGAUAAUUAUUAGGUUGACGCUAUGUGUGUGUAUUUAGUGUAUAUAUGAUAUUGCUGAGUCAGUUUGAAUGCUGUUUGUAUCACUGCCAUGCCAUUACACAUUAAGUAUAUAAAUUUUGUUGUAAAUUAAAAAUCUCACUAUUCUUUACCACAGUGACAAUGCUGGGUACAUGCUGUAUGGACCUUUUAACUCUUCGUAAAUUAUGUAUGGUUUUAUUUUUUAACAUGAAUGAUCAAUGCAGACAGGAAGGUAACAUCACAUAGCUCUAGCUGAACCACACGGAAUGUAGUUAGAUCCCUCAACCAAUGAAAAAGUGGCUAAAGCACAGGGCAGGUAAAGAAGACAUGAUAAAAAGGUGAGGUAGAAAUCUAGUAGAAUGCUGAUGAUCCUGUGUUUUUAAAGUGUAAGAAAUGUAAAUAAUAUGUGUCAAAUUGCUACAUGCUUUUUGUGUCGUCUACACUUACAAAGAAUAUACUACAAAUAUCAGUGCCAUACAAAUAUUGUUAUUUUUGUUUAUAUAAACCCAUGUAACAGAAUUAUUGCUGUUUUAGCUGUCAUUUUUAUACUUCUAUAAAAUAACUAUGCAGAAGAAAAGCAAGUUAAUUGAAAACUUUUUUUAAUUGUGGUGUCAUGGAGGUAAGAGUCCACUGUUGAUAGUUUUCCCUACACAGUAUUCAUGUUGUUUAAGAUAUAUAUUUAGUCUCCUUUGGCGACUGGCAAGUUACUUAUCAAUUGUAAUGAGGACGAAUCCAUUUAUUUAUUUGUGCACAUUUUAGCCUGGACAUAACAAACAUUAUUAUUUCUUCAUGUAUUAGUAUGAUUAGUGGAUAUAAAAAUAUUAUGAGAAAAACAUGCAUAGAGUUCAAGAUGUACACCAAUGAAUAAAAUUGAAUGUCUGUGCAUGUCUUGGAUUUGCACACAAUUUGAUUAAGCAGAAUUUUUUUAUGGUAUUUUUCCUUGUUAUCUGAAUUUACAAACUGUAUUCAGUGUGGCUAUGAAAAUCUAUGUACACGUUUAUUAUGUACCUUUGAAAUGUGUAAAUAAACAUAUUGAAAGAAAAGA